AUGAAGAUCAAUGCCAAGGCCAAUUUCACCAACAUUCGAAGACGUUUGCUGACUCGGAUAGUGAACGGAGAGGGGAUUGGUGAUGACGACCUUGGAUAUCUGGAACACGCGUACUCUGGUGCAGCAGGCGUCGUGGGCGAUCUCCUGGGACUGUGCUCUGGAGACGGAGACUUGUCGAAACGGAGGAAGCUGGUUGCGGAGCUGGAAGAGCUUGAGGAGAAGUACAGCGCAGCUGCGAACAGAGCACUGGAAGAAGCCACGUACAGCGCUAGUGUUGGUGGGCGGUUUGGAGCUGGUCAUGGUUUGGGAUACAGCCAGUACUCGACGGCGAGGUACUCAGCUCCAAUGAUGACGCCAGAUCACUUGACGGAGGUGGGUGCGGAGCGGUCUGACUUUGGCCAGUUGGGGGCCAGGUCAAUGCUGUACUCUGGGUCUGCUGGAUCUGGGCUGGUGGAAUCUGGCAUGAAGACUUCUCCUAGUAGCCUAAGUGCCUUGGCCUUUCAUGAGAGUCAAGGUGUCACAAGUCCACUCCGGGUUCCAACACCAUCUACUGCCAGUACCUCUAGUGCUGAUCAGACCAGCAAUGGCAGUGCAUCAGCGCCAGUGACCGGUUCCGGUGGUAGCAGUGUGUCAGUGGCCAGUGCUAAUGAUGGUACUGCCAGUAGUACUAUGCCAGGCGCAGUCAGUCAGCCCACCAAGAGGAGCAGCGUCAGCAACACCACACUGGGAACGGCCCAGCUGACCAAGAAGUCUGUUCAGUUUAGUCAGAGCCACCAGUCCACUGCCAGCACUCAGUCCAGAUUGAGACCAGCAUAUGUCCAGGGUGAGCCGUUGAAAGCCAUCGACCGAUUCGGGUACACCAUCGCUGCGUAUGAUGCAGCCAAGGCCCUAUUGCACCGAAAAUAUGGCGGAGAGAGGCGCCGAGUUGCCAUCCAUCUGGAAGAAAUUGAGGCCCUCAAACCCGUGCGGAAGGAGCACCCGAGAGACCUGGAGCGGUUCUCGGAACUGCUGGCAGUCGCUGUCAUUAACUUUAAGGACUCGGGCCGAGCUACUGAGCUGGCGGCCGGAACCUUCUACCUGACUCUUCUCAAGAAGCUGGAUGAGCAGCUGAUCACCCGCUACCACCGGUGGCGGCAUGAACAAGCUAAGGCUGAGUCGGUAGAGGAGCUGCUUGAGUACUGUACCCAGGAAGCAGAGUUCAUGGUCUCCGCUGCGGAGACGAAAGCUGGCUUGAUUCCCGUGAGUAAGGCAGAGCCGUCACAGCCAACAAAGGUCCACCGGUCGCCUCGACCAAGCACGUUCGUGACCAGCAGCCAGCCGGCAGCCAAAUCACAAAAGUGCAUCGUGUGCCAAGGUGAACACAAGCUGUGGCAGUGCCUAUCCUUCAAAGCUGCGACAGUGAACAAGCGAUGGCGCAUUGCCAAGGAUUCAGGUGUGUGUUUCCGCUGCCUGGAUGUCGGCCACAAUGGAUGCGACUGCACGCGGAGUCGGCCAUGUGGUUUGGACGGGUGCACGAAGCUCCAUCAUCGCUUUCUGCACGCCACACAGAGCAGAGGCCCUGUGUUUAGCAGCGUGACACGUCCGUCCACACAGGCACCAGCAGCGAACUCUGUCUCAGGGCGUCGGGCAGGACGCGCUAUGCCAAACACAGCUAGCACCCAACAGUCGUCCAGCCAAACAGAGCAGCAGACAUUCUGCUCCGUCGUCACGGAGGGUUCUCCGUCCACGGAAGAGGAGUGCUACGCCUCCCAGAGCACCCACGUGACCAUCAGCCUGAGGACGAUACCGGUCACCAUCAAGCACGGCGACACAAGCAUUCACGUCAAUGCACUGUUGGACGAUGGCAGCACCAUGAGCUACAUCAGUGAGGGCGUAGCACACGAACUUGGUCUGCACGGGGAGUUGCAGAGCAUCACGGUCAACACGUUGGACGGAACACCGAGUACAUUUCAGUCGGUGCAUGUGUCUUGCAGCGUAGCAAGUGUCAACGGCAUGUUCAGCACAGACCUCCAUGCUUGGACAGUGCGGCACCCAACAGGACGCCUGAAGCCAGUCAACUGGCACCGCGGCGCAUCGACAUGGCCACAUCUCAAAGGGAUACGUUUCCCUCCCACCGCCAAGCCUGAUCGAGUCGACGUUCUGCUCGGCCUGGACUGUGUCGCAGCGCACCAGUCCUUGCACGAGGUGACUGGUAAGCCGGGUGAACCAGUCGCACGGCUCACCCCGCUAGGAUGGACCUGUGUGGGGCCGGUACGGGCGAGCCCAGGCAGUUCGCGUAUGGGGCAUGCGUACCAUGCGCAGCUGCAGCUCGGCGGCAAUGAGAUCAGUCAGCUACUGCGUCGCUUCUGGGACGUCGAGGAGCUAGCCGUACCCGACUUGCCACACUUGUCACCGGCGGAGGAGAAACUGCUCACAAAGACACGGGAAUCCCUGGCGUUCAGCGACGGUCGAUAUCAUGUGGGCCUUCCUUGGAAGACAACACCACCGGUCCUGCCCGACAACUUCGCCAUGGCACGCAAACGACUGAUUGGCACCGAGCGGAAGCUGCUCCUAACGGACGGUCUGGGUACCAAGUACAGCGCCAUCAUCCAAGAGUACUUGGCAAAGGGCUAUAUCCGCCGUGUGCCGAAGGAGGAACCACGACCACACAGCAUCUGGUACCUGCCUCACUUUCCGGUGGUCCGUCUGGACAAGCAGACAACGAAAGUGAGGAUUGUGUUUGAUGGGUCGGCGCAGUUCCAAGGCGUCGGAGUGAACGACUUCCUCAACAAGGGGCCGAAGCUGCAACGGGACAUCUGCGACGUGCUCCUGCGGUUCCGCAAGCAUCCUGUUGCUAUUGCCUGUGACAUCAAGCAGAUGUACCUGCAGAUUGGUGUGCACAAAUCCGACCGGCCAUACCAACGAUUCCUAUGGCGCAACUGUGAUUCCGAUGCGCAGCCUGCAGUGUAUGAGUUCCAGCGUGUGGUAUUCGGACUCGCCUCAUCACCAUUCCUCGCUCAGUUCGUCUCCCAGGAGCAUGCGAGGGUGCUCACCAGUACGGAUGAACGUGCGGCUGAAGCAGUCAACAAGUCCACAUACAUGGACGACACGCUUGAUUCCGUGCCAACCGUCGCUGAUGGCAUCGCACUCUACAAGUCUCUUGUGAAGGUGUGGGAGUCGGCCGGCAUGCACCCGACGAAGUGGCUCUCAAACUCGACCGAGCUUCUGGCAGUGAUACCUGAGUCAGAACAUGGACGCUCCAUCGACCUGUCACCAGGGGAGCUGCCAAGAGUGAAGACGCUAGGCAUCUCGUGGUCCGCUGCUAGCGACGCUUUCAGUUUUGCCAUCCCACCGGAUUCCGGCCAGGAGUUCAGCAAGCGGAGAGUGCUACAACGGGUAGCAUCCGUCUUUGACCCGCUGGGUCUGCUGGCGCCGUACAUCAUUCGAGGCAAGAUGCUCAUCCAGGAACUGUGGCUGCGAGGCUCGACCUGGGACGACCCACUGGAGCCCUCUGUGGACAAGCUGGUGAAGGAGUGGAUUGCUGAUGCGCGGGAUCUGCAGACGCUACGCAUUCCAAGACCACUCAUGGCAGCUGACGGUGUGUCGUCGCUGCACGUAUUCGCAGAUGCCUCCGAGAAGGCAAUGGGUGCUGUCGCCUACAUCAUUUCCAAGGACCCCAGUGGAGCUACAUGCCGGCUGGUUGCAGCUAAGUCUAAAGUCGCCCCGCUGGAAGCGGUGAGCAUCCCACGACUAGAGUUGAUAGCCGCCGUCAUGGCAGCCCGUUUGGCAGCCGUCGUCAGCCUUGCUCUCGAGAUGCAGGAUAUCUAUCUGUGGUCUGACAGCAUGAACGUCCUCUGGUGGAUCCAUGGUCACAGUCGGCAGUUCAAGACAUUCGUGGCCAAUCGCGUCUCUGAGAUUCGUCGUCUCACACAGCCAGAGCAAUGGCGGCAUGUGACCACUGACCAGAACCCCGCAGAUCUGGUCUCUCGUGGGUGUACUGCAGCAGUGCUGACAUCAUCGGACCUAUGGUGGACUGGGCCCGCAUUCCUGUCAACCGACGAGCCAUGGCCUGCCAGCCCUACGCUUCAGCCCAGCUCCGGCGCUCGGCAGGAGGUAAAAGGUUUGCCACGCAACCGCUCGCAGGACAUGCAAACGUAUCAUGCAGACGUCCAAAGUGCCAACGAUGCACCACCCGAGCAGGAUUGGAUCAUUGACCCAGCAAAGUGGCUAGACUGGCAGAAGACCAUCCGUACGCUCACAUGGGUCCGGCGGUUCAUCUCGAACUGCCGUGCAGCAGCAGAGGAUCGCCUGGCAGGAGAGCUCACCCCGAUUGAGUUGGCUGACGCAGAGCUGUACGUCGUUUGGAACACGCAGCGUGAUGCGUUCGCUGCUAAGAUAGUCCUCCUGAGGAAACGCAAAGCAGUGCAUGCUACCAGUAAGCUGGCCAAGCUGUGUCCAUUUCUUGACGACGAUGGUGUUCUACGCUGUGAAGGGCGCUUGCAGUAUGCGGAGUUCCUGCCACGAGACGCUGUCCAUCCGAUCAUCCUGCCGCGGAAGCAUGCCGUGACCAAGAUGCUAAUCAGGUUCCAACACGAGAAGGGAAAGCACGCUGCGGGGACGAACGCAACAUUGUCUGCGCUCGCCGCCCGCUAUUGGGUCAUCGCCGCACGGGAGGCCGUCCACGAGUGGGAACAGGAAUGCGCAGUCUGUCGCCGGUACCGGAGCAAGCCAGCUGGGCAACGAAUGGCACCGCUGCCGGUCAGUCGGAUCGUGCCCUCUCAUCGUGCGUUCAGCCGCGUGGGCGUCGACUACGCCGGCCCCUUCCUCACCAUGCAGGGACGCGGUCGGGCCAGAACCAAACGCUAUCUGUGUGUAUUCACGUGUCUGGAGACGCGCGCUGUAUAUCUGGAGCUCGCAUUCUCACUCGACACAUCUAGUUUCAUCAACUGUUUCUUCCGGUUCGUGAGCCGGCGCGGCCUUCCCAAUCAAGUCAUAUCGGACAAUGGCACAAACUUUGUUGGUGCAGUUCGGGAGCUGAAGGACCUCAUUCGCAACAUCGACCAAACCAAAAUCCAGACGGGCACCGCACAUCAUGGUGUGUCCUGGUCGUUCAACCCUCCAGCAGCACCUCAUUUCGGUGGUGUGUUCGAGAUUAUGGUGAAGGCAGCCAAACGUGCUAUUUACCACAUUCUGUCUGGCAGUGACAUCACCGACGAGGAUCUGCUGACCGCCUUUGCCGGAGCAGAGGAUCUGAUCAACUCUCGCCCGAUCACUGCCAUAUCAGUCAACCCCAACGACAAUUUGCCCCUCACCCCGAAUCAUUUUCUGAACGGGAGACUUGGAGAAGUCGUCCUACCGGAGUCUGAUCAUCCGCGUCAGCGAUGGCAACGCAUUCAGGAGCUGCUUGGGCAUGUCUGGCGUCGCUGGAUCCAGGAGUGGCUGCCUCAGCUCAGCAAGCGGGUCAAAUGGACGGCAGACCAACGCAACGUGAAGGUUGGUGAUGUCAUGCUGUUGCUGUCUCCAGACACCGCUAGGCGUAAAUGGCCCUUGGCUCGGGUUCUGGAAGUCUACCCCGGGAAGGAUGAACGAGUACGUGUUGCCAAGGUGCAGGUGGGUGAUCGUACUCUUGUGCGACCCAUCAACCGCUUGUGCCCACUGGAGUAUGCGCCAGAGUGA